UUUCAGGAGGCUUUCGAGCUACCCUCAGAUGAUUGUGAAGUGAUUGAAACUGCAGCAGCGUCCAAAGUGAUUAAAUAUGAGUAUCAUGUCUUAUAUUCCUGUAGCUACCAAGUGCCUGUACUUUACUUUAGGGCAAGCUUUUUAGAUGGGAGACCUUUAACUCUGAAGGACAUAUGGGAAGGAGUUCAUGAGUGCUAUAAGACGCGACUGCUACAGGGACCAUGGGACACUAUUACACAACAGGAACAUCCAAUUCUUGGGCAACCCUUUUUUGUACUUCAUCCCUGCAAAACGAAUGAAUUCAUGGCUCCAGUAUUAAAGAAUUCUCGGAAAAUCAAUAAGAAUGUCAACUACAUCACAUCAUGGCUGAGCAUUGUAGGGCCAGUUGUUGGACUGAAUCUACCUCUGAGUUAUGCCAAAGCAACCUCUUAGGCUGAAUGAAAUGUCGAUUAACAAGAUUCUUCUAUCGAGCUUAGAAAUUGUGGUAUGAAGAAUGUCAAGAGUUUACUUACCAGCCCUGGCUUUAAUAGGACCAAUACCAUGGAAUAUUUCAUCUCACCAAGAUUUGACAUGGAUUAUUUUUCCCUUGGACACAAAUGUCUACAGCAACUGAUAUUUGAUAGACCGAAUGUUUAGAAGAAACACUUCAAAGGCGUACAUCAUGGCCAGGCAUGGUGGCUCACACCUGCAAUCCAAGCACUUUGGGAGGCCGAGGUGGGAGCAUCACUUGAGCCUGGGAGUACGAGACCAGCCUGGGCAACAUGGUGAAACCAUGUCUGUACAAAAAAAUACAAAAAUUUGCCUGUUUGUGGUGGUGUGUGCCUGUAGUCCCAGCUACUCAAGAGGCUGAGGUGGGAGGUUGGCUUGAGCCCAGGAGGCAGAGGUUGCAGUGAGUUGAGAUUGUGCCACUGCACUCCAGCCUGGGUGACAGAGCUAGACACUGUCUCAGAAAAAAAAAAAAAAAAAAAAAAAAGACACAUCACUAUAAAUAGCAAAAAACGAAUCUUAACUUACUAAUACUAGGAAUAACAACAUUAUUAGGGCACUUGCAGGUUAUUCUUUUCUAGGCCAAGUACUUCACUUCCAUUUGUCUGAUAUGGAGAUUGAGGGAGAAAUGUAUUUGUGUAUUCAUUUUAAUGUAAGAUAUACAAAAAUUAAAUUACUGGAUUUACCUGUCCCUGAAACUGGUGUUAUAAACAUGACCUAUCUUAAGUGAUUCUCCCAGAAUCAAACUCAGGAACAAUAGAUUAUUUCUGUUUUACUCCAAAGAUAGGGGAGAGAGAGAAAGAGAGAGAGAGUGUGUGUGUAUGUAUGUAUGUGUGGGUGUUUGUGUAGACAGAUAGACGUAAAAUAGAGAAAAAAAAACAAUAUUUUACUGUGAGACAAUAUGUUUUACCAGCGAAAUGUGGCAUAGUAAUUAGAAGUUUUCUAAAAAGCUAUAGGAAAUAUUUAAACAUUAAGAUUUCUUUUUGACCUACAGUAAUAAAACAAUGGUCAUUUUACCCCUCUACUUCUCAACCCCACAGCUGCUCUGCUGUACUCUUUGAGGGCUCUUAAGCGAGUCUUCGUGUCCCUGAGACUUAUUUUCCUCAUCUUUAAUUUGAAAAUAACAAGCUACCUCAUAGGGUUGCUGUGAGAACCACAUGAGAUCAUUAAUGCAUGAUAAGAUAUUGUAAAGUAUUAUACAAAUAUUCAUUAAAUGUUCACCUUUCUUGUAUAUAAUUGGUAUUCACUCAGGCUGUAAAUAAGUUUCAUAGCCAGUUAAGUAUUAAGAUAAACCUAACCUGGAAC